AUGGUUUACUGCGGCAGGCCCAGCGCCGGCUGCGAGGCAUGUCGAGAACGCAGGGUCAAGUGCGACCAAACUCGGCCGGCAUGCAUCCGCUGCACCAGAAUAAAACGGGCUUGCCCUGGCUACCGGGAUAUAUCCUCGCUUCUAUUUCGAGACGAGAGCCAAUCUACAGCCAGAAAAGCCAAAGUUGCCGCGUCUUCGGGGCUAAACUCCCCAUCAACGUCGAGUUUGGUCCCACAACGCUCCGGUACUGGGUCGCCAAUCUCGCUAUUCUAUGCAGGAGACACGACAGAUGAGGCCGAGUCUUCUUCAGACACAUCGGGUUCUAGGCGAGACCAAGUAAUAGUCCCCUUUAUACCUCCUAACCCCUUCAAGCUUGAUGAGAAGUAUAAAGCCACGUGCUUCUUCUUUGAUUCGUUCGCAUGGAUCUACUCGGGGGUUAUCCAAAAGUGUGAUCCCAGUGGGGACCCAUCCCCAAACAGCCCAUUAGCUGAGAAGGCUUUGACAAAGGCCAUCACCUCAGUGGGCAUGGCCAAUAUAUCCAGCAUUCAACGCUCCCAGCCUCUGCGCAUGGCGGCAUGGCGCGAGUAUGCCGAGGCUCUAAAAUGGACCAACGCUGCCAUCUCGGAUCGAGAGCAGGCAGCAGAAGAUGCUACCUUGGCUUCGAUUCUCUGCUUAUCAAUGUUCGAGAUCAUCACGUGCAAAAAGCCAGAAUCCAUGACUGAUUUUAUCAAACAUACCAAUGGUGCUCUUGCGCUUCUAGCCCUUCGUGGCGAAUCACAACUCCAACGGCAAGAAGGACUUCAACUAUUCCUUGCACUACGAAGUGAAGUUAUGAUCAGCUGUAUUUUAAAGCGUUACCCCUACCCUCCUGCACUCAUCACAUUAUCAGAAAAAGUCGUGAAGCUUCCAGGUGCCACCAUCAGCACCAAAAUAGGAUACCAACUAACUUGCCUCAUGGCAGAAGUGUGCGAUCUGCGCAUAUGCCAUGAAAAUAAUCUCAAGACCAUCAACACCGAUUUGCUUUCUCGUUCCUUCGCAUUAGAUUCCAGGGCAGAGGCUCUAGAAAGCACAUUUCCACCAGAUACAAUGUACGAAACCGUCGCCGCAAUGCCCGGACAAUCGUUUCAAGUCAAAGACUCUCGCCGAAUUUUACCUCUGGACCAGUGGUACCAUAUCUAUCCAAACUGGAUCCUCCCGAAUAUGUGGAACAAUUACCGAUACUGUCGAAUUCUCGUCAACGAAAUCAUUCUAAAUCAGCUAGAGCUAAUGACAACCCACCCGGAUGCAGACGACCCGCCGACACAGGACUUUAAAAACAUUUGCUACCGAUCCUGCAAUCUCACUCGGAAACUUGCGCACGAUAUAUGCGCCGCGGUGCCCUAUAUGCUUGGCCUUAUUGAUGAUCACAAGGGGCAAACAAAGUCUGCUGCAGGUAAAAUGACGAUUUUGUUCCCGUUGUACAUUGCUGCAAAUGUAGAUGGGCCGGGGUCUCCCAUGUGUGUUUGGGCGCAGGAUUGUCUUACCAAGUUUGGAAGAGCGUUGGGUAUUGAUCAGGCGCUGAUUUUGGCGGAUCUCUUGUCGCGUGAAAACUCGAUGACGGGCUUUGUUGAUGCUAUGCAUGGGCGGGGUGAUUCCCCUGGCGAUGCUGAAGGGCAAUUUAAUGUGCCCAGCAAUGUGUUUAACCAGUUUUAUGUUCAUGGGGCUUGA